GAAGGAGCAGGCAUCACGGAUGGUAUGCCCAAGACCCUCCUGGCCAGAGCGCUUUUUGACAACCACCCAGACUGCUCCUACGAGCUGGCUUUCUGCAGAGGAGACAUCUUGACCAUUCUGGAACAAAACGUGCCAGAAAGCGAGGGCUGGUGGAAGUGUUUGCUCCAUGGAAGGCAAGGUCUGGCCCCUGCCAACCGCCUCCAAAUCCUCCCUGAGGCCCCAGACAGGCCGUGUGCCCCUUUCCUGAGAGGCCUGGAAGAACCUCUCACCCACUCCAAGGAGACCUACCAGGUGCCCACCCUGCUCAAGCCCCCGACUCCAGGCCCUGUGUACGAGGACAUGAGGAGCUGGGUGGAGGGGCUUCCACCCACCACCGCCCAAGUCUGCGAAUUCCCUGACCCACCGGCGGGGGCCAGAAUCGUCUGUGAAAAGACUCUAAGCUUUCCGAAACAGGCCCUCUUCACGAUGCCCAGACCUGCUCGGGCCUCGUUGCCAACGCUGCCUUCUCAGGUGUACGACGUGCCGGCCCAGAGCCGGGGCCCCCCAGCCCCGAAGGAGCCAGAGAAGAGGCAAUUGUAUGAUAUACCCCCCAGCCCCCAGAAGGCAGGACUGGGUCCCUCAGCCAACCAACUGAGUAGAGAGUGUGCUCCCCUGACAUCAGCGAUCGCUGCGAGGCGAGGUGGCUACAACACGUUACCCAGCCCCCAGAAAUCAGAAUGGAUUUAUGACUCGCCAGUGUCUCCAGAAAAAGCUGACGGCAGAAAUGCAUCUCUGAGCAGCUUUGUGGAAGAGUCAGAGCUCCACUGUCCCCCGGGGCACAUGUCCAGCUUCCAGAAUCCUCUGAACAGCAGAGCAAGGUCCCACUAUCUGCACCUACAUAAAAACGUGCCCAUGAAGAAAAAACUCAGCCUCCCCGAAAUUCCUUCCUAUAAAGCCCUGGCACCCAGGGACACAUUUCCCUUGGACGACGGUGCUGGCUACAAGGUGCCCUCAAGCUUUCUGAUCCCCCGGGUGGAGCAGCAGAACACCAAGCGGAACAUCUACGACAUCCCUAAAGCGACGCCCAGCGACCCUCAGGCGGUGAACGAGCCAGGGAGAGUGGGCGGGGCUCCGGAGAUCGCAGCGGACAGCAGCUCCUGCUGGUUCUCGGGCCGGGCCCCCUCGCUGUCUCCGGACCCGGAGCGGCUCUCCGUCUCCAGCUCGGACAGCAGAGCCAGCGUGGUCUCCUCGUGUUCCUCCACGUCCACGGACUCCUCCUCUGGCUCCUGCUUGGAGGAGUCAGGAAAGGAGCUCUCCUUGGACCCGGACUUGGCCAGAGAGACGGUCGCGGCUUUGCAGCACGAGGUGGCCAGCUCUGUCGCCAGCCUGAUGCUCUUUGUCAGCAGGAAGUGGAGGUUCCGAGACUACCUGGAGGCCAACCUCAGCGCCAUCCGCAGCGCCGCCGACCACGUGGAAGAAUCCUUGAGAGCGUUUCUGGAUUUUGCCCGCGGGGUCCGUGGGCCCGCCUGUAACCUCAGCGACACCAACCUUCAGGCCAGGAUUAGGGACCAGCUACAGACCAUCUCCAACUCCUACCAGAUCCUGCUUGGGACAAAGGAAAGCCUGGAUAGCUGCAAGUGGUCCUUGGAAGUCCUUGUGACGGACAAAAUCCAAAACAGCCCAGAUGACCUCGAGCGAUUUGUCAUGGUGGCACGGAUGGUUCCAGAAGACAUUAAGAGGUUUGCCUCCAUUGUCAUUGCCAAUGGGAGGCUCCUUUUCAAACAGAACUGUGAAAAGGAAGAUACCUUGCAAAUGACCCCCAAUGGACAACUGAAACUUGCAAAAUGCAUCCAGCUUCCCCAAAGGGAAAUUGAACGGGAUGAAAGAAGUACUCCUUUUAAUAAACGAAAGGAAAAUGAACACUCCCCUGAGCUACUAAAGAAAAAUGGGACAAUUAUGUGUGAAUCGAAGUUGUCUAACCUAGAAGAGACAGAAAAACCCAUCUCGGAAGGAAGGUUGGAUGAAAACAAAAACUUGGAAGGACAGAAUCCUAACUCCCUCAUCCUGCAGCCUUUGAGCCAGCAGAAUCCUGAGAAGAGAUUCCAACUUUCUGAACACUGUCGGCUCUAUUUUGGGGCGCUCUUCAAAGCCAUCAGCGUAUUUAACCACAGCCUCCGCAACAGCCAGCCCCCCGAGGUCUUCAUCACGCAGAGCAAGCUGGUCAUCAUGGUGGGGCAGAAGCUGGUGGACACGCUGUGCAAGGAGACCCAGGAGAGGGACGUGCGCAACGAGAUUCUCUGCGGCAGCAGUCACCUGUGCAGCCUGCUCAAGAACCUCGCACUGGCCACCAAGCACGCCGUGCUCAAGUACCCCAGCCCCGCAGCCCUGGGGCACCUCCAGGCCGAGGCCCAGAAGCUGGAGCAACACACUCGGCAAUUCAGAGGGACGUUAGAAUGA